AUGCUGUCCAGUCUCCUCCUCCUCCCACUGCUCCUCCUCACUUCGGCCUCCGCCCAGAGCGCCUUCCCCGCCCUCUCCGGCAGCUACAAAGUCGGCACCACAUCCAUCAAGGUGACCGACACAAACCGCACCGACCCCCUCGCCCCCACCCCCAACACCCCCCGCUCCUUCGUCCUGCAACUCUUCUACCCCACCGACAACUCCACCACGGCCCCCCUCGCACCCUACAUGCCCCCCGCAACCGCCACCUUCUACGAAACCGCCUACGGCCUCCCCAGCGGCGGCCUCAACACCCUCCAACCCAACUCCCACACCAACGCCUCCUACUCGGGCCCCUGCAAACCCGGCAUCGUCCUCUUCUCCCCCGGCCACCAAACCUCGCGCUACCUGCACACCGCCCUCGCCGAGGACCUCGCCUCCACCGGCCACGUCGUCCUCGUCACAGACUACAUCUACGAAGCCGACAUCGUCGAGUUCCCCGACGGCUCCUACAUCCUCUCCAACUUCCCCAGCAACUACACCGACGCCGACAUCCUCGCGGUCCAGGCCACCCGCGUCGCAGACACCCUCUACACCCUGAACCACCUGCGCGCCAUCCUGCGCGCCAUCCCAGGCACCGACGACACCACCACGCCCGGCAAGAUCGCCAUGGUCGGCCACUCCCUCGGCGGCUCGACCGCCGCCGCCGUCAUGGGCGUGGACAGCCGCGUGCGCGGCGGCAUCGCCAUGGACGGCAAGAUCUGGGGGGACGUGGUGCACACGGGCUUCAGCGGGUCGUUCAUGUUUCUGGGUGCCGCGGCGAACUACGUGUCUACCUACGAGUCUUGGGGCUUGCUAUGGGCGAAGCUGCGCGGGUGGAGGAGGGAGCUGCAUUUGGCGGACGCGAGGCAUCUGACGUUUACGGAUGCGGCGGUGAUUGUGGAGUUGCUGGGGCUGAGGGGGGUGGAACCGGAUGUGGCGGAGGGGCUGGUGGGGAGCAUCGAUGGGUUGAGGGCGUUGAAGGUGCAGAAGGUUUAUGUGCGUGCGUUUGUGGAUAUGAUGGUUGGGGGGAGGAGGCAGGCGGCGGAGGGGAGGAGGGUGUUGAGGGCGGCGGAUGAGAGGUAUGGGGAGAUGGAGUUUGUGCAGUAG